CCUCCACUUUGCUGUUCUGUGGUGCUUAUCACACAUUUUAUAUUGUAGAAACAGGCUUACUUAGGAGAGACUUGCAAGUUGCAACAAGGUGCAACUUUAAUACUAUUACAUUCUGCAGUUUAGGAGUUUUUAGGGGAAACACAUGAAGGUGGGGUGACUUGUCCUUGUGCUGGUAUCGAACUCUUGGCCCCCGUGCUGGAAGGGGCGUGGAGUUACUGAACACACACAGAGGAACGGAAACAGUGUGUAAACGCACGCUGUGAGGGAGAGACCAACAACAGAGACUCUGAGCGGCAGAAUGUGACAGAAACUGGACGCAAAGAGUGCAGCAAAGGUGUGCGGAUGAUGCCCUGAGGUGUCCUUCUGUUCUUAACCUGCAGUUUAAAGCCGGACUACUACAUCUUCUGAAGGUCCUCAUGUGGCAGAGGUGAGACUGGAGCAUCAUGUUGGAGCCUCCAGAGCCCAGCCAGGAGAUUGUGGAGUGGCUGUGCAGCCUCCGCCUGUCCCAAUACACCUCAUAUUUCCGGCAAAGAGGCUAUCAAACUAUUCUGGACUGCAAGGACCUCACCGAUGAGCACCUCCUGGAGCUUAACGUGUUUCCGACGGGCCACCGUAGGCGCAUGCUCCGGAGUUUGGAAGCGCUGGGGGUGAAGCAGCCGAGCGGCGGAGAGGAAGAUGACGAGGGAGAGGGAGAGAACGGGAGGCGGCGAAGGAAGCCCGUGCCACACCCGAGGCAUAUCUUCCUGAAGGAUAAAAAGCGGGGGGCUUCGUGUCAACAUCAACAAAAGGAGAGGAGGGAGUAUGAGUCGGAGGGGAGUCAGACUUUGCCUCCAGGAGCCGGACUUGGAGCAGAAGUUGAGGACGUCCCAGACAGCAGAUACGUUCGCCCGCCUCAACCGGCCCCGCGCAAUCCCCAGAAUAUCCAAACAUCCCUACCUAGAAAUACCCACAUCCCAGCCUCCACGUCCUUCUCCUCCAGCAGCAGCAGCAGCAGUGAGUCCCUCUCCAUAUCUGAAAUACCCUCAGACUGGGAGAUUUCCCCAGAGGAUCCCUCGCCGUCUAGUGCCAACUCCUUCCCCUGUGUGGCUGAAGUCCCCCGCCCAACGCUCGCUGAAGACAAUUUGGGUUUUCAAGGUGACAUGGUGGAAAACUCCAUCUACGAAGCACAGCCCGCCUUUAAGGUUCCUGUAGGUCCACGGCUCACUCGCUCCUACCGGCUGAGGCACCGGCCCGUCCCUGAGAUCCCCAAUCGGACCCUACCGCCACUUCACGCCAGGAGCGCACCACCGGCGCAAACAACCAGCCCCGAACGCCCGACCGGCUCCGAAGGUCCCAUCGGUGCAAACGGCGUACAGAAAGCUCCACUUCAAAGAACCUUGACGCCCAUCGCUCCCUAUGGAGAAAUGUUCCUGUACAACAACCCUGAAAGCGUUCCGGACCAAGGCGCUAAAGAAGGGUUGCAGAAGGGUUUUAAGGACAAGAUAAAACAGAGGAAACAGAGAAAAAAGCCGCCUAAACGGAAACAAUCCAAGGAAAAAGAGUCUCCCCCUGCUCCAGCCAUCCUAGACCCCUACAAAGAUGAAUACUCGACAGUGGACGAUUGUGCCGGCAUUUUGCGGCGAGUCAGUUUUGAACAAAAUCUUCCAGUGUCCCCCGAGGGUCUUGCUGUGGGACCAGCUGCCUCUGGCCCUCAGGAUGGAGCUUUAAUGAUGGUGGAGUGUGACCUCUACUCGGAGCCUGCAGACGCUCUGCCCAGAAAUGCACUGGCGGAUAUUUCUCCAUACGCAUGCUUCUACGGAGCCCCUAAACACCAGGUGCUCAAAGUGGGUUGGCUGGACAAGCUGUCGCCUCAAGGAAAUUGUGUUUUCCAGCGGAGGUGGAUGAGAUUCGACGGAGAGAGUCUGGCCUACUACAACAAUGAUAAGGAGAUGUACUCGAAAGGUAUGAUCCUGGCCAGCGCUCUCAGACAGGUGCGAGGACUGGGUGACAACAAGUUCGAGGUGGUCACCACCCUUCGGACCUUCGUAUUCCGGGCCGAAAAAGAAGGGGAGCGCCAGGAGUGGAUGGAAACUCUUCAGACGGCCACGCGCCCCCCCGCCUGCGGCUCCCAGAAGCGCUCCGACAGCCUCCCCCGCCCCUCCUCCACAAACAAGCGAGGCCUGCUGGAGCUCCGCGGUUACAAAGGCAGAGUGCUGGUGUCCCUGGCGGGGAGUAAAGUCAGGCUCUGCAAAACAGAACAGGACUAUAAAUCGGGCCUGGCUAUUGCCGAAGUGGAACUGACUGCUGCCAACAUUAGAGACUUGGACCGUAGAGGCUUUGAAGUCAACACACCCUUCAAGAACUUCUGCUUCACGGCCGAGUCAGAACGGGAGAAGGAGGAGUGGAUUGAAGCGGUCCAGGAAUCGAUCGCCGAGACACUCUCCGACUAUGAAGUGGCAGAGAAGAUCUGGUUCAACGAGGCCAACAGGAGCUGCGCCGACUGUCGCGCCCCGCAGCCGGAGUGGGCGUCGGUCAAUCUGGGCGUGGUCGUCUGUAAGAAGUGCGCAGGGCAGCACCGCUCCCUCGGCCCGAGUAUUUCCAAAGUGCGGAGCUUGAAGUUGGACAGCAGCAUCUGGAGCAAUGAGCUAGUGGAGCUCUUCCUGGAGGUGGGGAACCAGAAUGCCAACAGUUUCUGGGCCGCUAAUCUUCCCUUGGAGGAAGAACUCUACAGCGGGUCUUCGGCGGAGCAGCGCGCCACAUUCAUCCGCAGGAAGUACAGGGAGAGGAAGUACCGGAGGGUCCUGGAGGGCUUUCAGGACCUGGAGCAGCUCAACCAGGCGCUGUGUGCAGCUGUGGUGUUGCCUGAUGUGCUGCAGACCAUGGAGCUAGUGUUCAGUGGGGCAGAUGUUAUGUGCGCCACCGGGGAUACAACCUCCUCCACCCCGUAUCUAUUGGCCCAACGUGCUGGACAGAAGCUACAGAUGGAGUUCCUGCACCAGAACAAACUCUCUGAUUUCCCCAGACUGGAGCAGUGGUCGGAGAGCACCUCCCUGUCUGACGUUUCCCUCUUCAUGGAUGGCUUCCUCUACAUCUCCGCAGGCCCCGCCAAGACGACGCUGGACCGUCGCGGAAGAGAUGACAUGGCACGUCGUUGGUGCACAUUGGAGGGCGGCUUCCUCAGCUACUACGAGAGCGAGCGUAACCCGUCGGCCAUCGGCAGGGUGGACGUCUCAGAGGUGGUCAGUCUGGCUGUUAGCAACACGGAGACAAUGACUGGAGCUGGGGCUGUGUUUACCGUGGAGCUGUACCUGCAGACAGAGCGAGCACUGAUUGUCGGAGCUGAAACACAGGAAACGCAGCAUGACUGGAUCCAGGCGCUAACAAAGUGCUUCGUCCCGUCUAAAGUCGAGGGCCUGGCGCAGAGGGAUGGCGAGCUGAUCGGCAGACUGCACUACAAAGAAGGCCACGACAUGUACCACUGGAGGGUGGGCUGGUUCACGCUGGAAGGCUCGGCCCUGCGCUUCAGCUCAGGGGAAGACGAGGGAGAGGAGGAAGUCCUUCAGCUCAAACAGCUACAGGAGCUCACUGUCUCAACACAUACGGAGGGCGAGGACAAGAUCCAAGUCCUGCUGAUGGUGGAGGGAGGAAGAACAGUUUACAUCCACGGCUUCAACAAGAUGGACUUUGCUCUGUGGCACUCUGCCAUCACGCUGGCUGCCGGCACAGAUGGCAAGGCGCUCAGCGACCAACAGCUGACUAAAAAUGGCGUCCCCAUUGUUGUCGACAGUUGCAUCGCUUUUGUCACCCAAUAUGGUUUGUGUCAGGAGGGGCUCUACCAGAGGCCGGGUGACCCCAGUCGAGUGGCCCUGCUCCUGGAGGAGUUCACCCGUGACGCCCGUAAUGUGAAGCUGAGGGAGAAGGAGCACCAGCUGGAGGACGUGACGGACACCCUGAAGAGCUUCUUAUCCCAAUCAGAGGAUGCACUGCUGACCAAGGAGCUUUAUCCAUACUGGGUGUCAGCUCUGGAUGAGAAGGACGAGAGGCAGAGAGUGAAGAAGUACUCCACGUUCAUAGAGAGUUUGCCAAAGAUAAACAGGUCAACCCUCGAUGCUGUGCUCCAACAUCUGUACAGAAUUCACCAGUGUUCCCACCUCAACCAAAUGCCGAGCGAAAAACUGGCCUCCGUCUUCUCCUCCCGCUUGUUCCAGACACGGGGACAAACCCCACAGGAAAGCAGCGUCGUCCACGACCUCAUCAGCAACUACAUUACACUCUUCAGUGUCAAUGAGGACCGGGUGCAACAGAUGGAGAGAGAGAAUAGUUUCAUCACACGCUGGAACGAGAAGAAGGACGCCACAUUCUCUCCGGCUGGGGACUUGAUCUUCGAAGUGUACCUGGAAAAGAGAAAGCCGGAGAACUGCUGUUUAAUCAAGGUCUCUCCCAGCAUGGGAUCCACGGAGCUUGCAGAGACAGCGCUGAGUAUGAGGAGCAUCACCUUUGGCGCCGAUGACUUCUGGACCACCUUUGAAGUCAUUGAGAAUGGAGAGUUAGAGCGUCCGUUGCACCACAGUGAGAGGAUUCUUGAACAGGUGCUGGAGUGGAGUUCACUGGACUGCCCCAGGUCUGCUUUUCUUGUCAUAAAGAAAUUAACAGGGGCCAACAGAGUGGCUGAUGGGAAAGUCGACCACAGACAGUUUAUUAAAGGAGACUAUCUGAAGUUCAACGACGGAUCCUCCAAACUGCUGUCGGGGCACAAAUUCCAGGACAAAUAUGUUGUACUACGUGCUGCGACGCUGCUGCUCUACAGAGAUAUCAAAGGCACUAAAGCAGAGAAAGUGAUCCAACUCAACUCUGUGAAAUGUUACCUCGGCCUGAAGAAAAAACUCAAACCUCCAAACAGCUGGGGCUUCACAGUCUACACUGAUAAACAACAAUGGCAUUUCUGCUGCGAGACGAGGGAGGCGCAGGUCAGCUGGGUGACGGACAUCAUCAGGAUGAAGUACGGUUCUGACCUCUGCUCAAAGACCAGUAACUCAAAAGAAGCUGCAGAUCACAAAUCCUCCAGAGGGAGAGCGGUGACUGAAGGCCGGAAGAUUCCAACGCACAACCACAAUACCAGCAAACAGCUGACAGACAAGAGGUUUUCUCUUGCUGACGGCAACCCGAGGCCCACCAAGUACGCCACUGUCCCCCACAAGACAAACACCACAGCCAACUGCCCGAAGCACAACGACACGCUCAGGGCCCCAGAAGUCCCGUACAGAAGAAGCUCCGUGGAUACCGGCCAAACUCGACGCCUCCCUUCCUUGUCCCCGUCCAGACACUCCCAGCACUUGGCUCUGCCUGUUCCUCCUCAGAGUGGCUCUAAGACCCUUGGCAGGAGACCUGUUCUGGGCGGGGAGGCCAUGAUGCCGCCUAAUCUGCUGAAUGAACUUAGCUCGGUGCUGAGCAAGAAUAGCCGCAGCGCCAAGGGCAAAGACUGACAGGAAGUCAGGAGAAAGAGAGGGUAUAGCUAGAACGGUCAGUUUGACAAACAUUACAAGGCUGAGUAUAGAAAGAAAGAUGCGGAGAGAGAGCCGCAGCCUGAAGACCGCUUUUGAACUUGUAUAUAUAAAGGGAAGCCGGUGCACAAGGGGAUGUGGAAAAACAGGUGCAGAAGACAGUGGAGGUCAUGCAGACCUCAGCUGGACAUGGCGCUGACCCAAGCACUACAAAGCGGGAUUUAUACGCCGCUCCUCUCAACCUUGAGAAUGUUACAAAAAUAUGUUCGGCUGUCAAACCACGGAAGCUUUCAGAAAUACUCCAAAGUGUUUGCUGCAUGAAUGGGAAUUUUGACUACUAUCUGAAAAGUAUUGUGGUUAUUUGAAUCCUUAUAAAGUUUAUCUUUAGGUAAAUAUUAUUUUUUUAAUAACACUUUUGCAGCAAAAGCUAUGUAAUGUAGAUGCACAUAUUAAAAAGCAUUCCCUUUAUUUUGUAUUAAUAGUGGCGGGGUCCGCCAUCACCUUAUAGAAUUACAAUUAGGUUUAGGGCCUGCUGGCCACUUACGAUGGCUAAUAGACAUGAUUAGCUGGUAGUGGUGGGCAAUCUCACAAAUAAUUAUUAUUUAUUUGUAAUUAUUUUUGAAUAUGUUUUUACACAGUUACGCACCCUUUUUCCACUGUAACCAUAAGCUGCAUAGCUAAUAAAAGUUUUUAUAACCACCUUUAAACUUUGGAUCAGCACUUUUAGCUAACAUGAUUUUAGCUAACUUUGCACUGGCUGCCACCAAAUGUCAUUUUAAGGUACAGUAUACAUAUAGGCUAGUAAUAAAUAUUGUAAAACGCUUAAACAUGCUAUAUUACUCAACAUUUUAGUGCACGUUUCACCUUAAUGUUCAGUGUUUACAUACUUAAACAAAAUACUUCAAGCUAAACAUCACGUUUAGCCAAUACCCCUCCACGUUAGCUUGUUUUUACAUGUUUAUUUGUAAAAUACACCUAAAAAUAUUUAAAAUAUUGCUGCCAUGGAAGAGCAUGAGUGAUUAAUGAUUUGUGGACGACUCACAAACGUUCCAGGAGACUUAAGUUUUCUGGUUCAUGUUCAGCUUCGAUUGGAAAUAAACACUAUUAAAGGAACAGUGUGUAACAUUUCGGGGGAUCAACGAUCCUCAGUUGGUUGCAAUUUGCAACCACACCGCUAGAUGCCGCCGAAUCCUACACACUGUACCUUUAAAACGGAUUACGAGUUACCAAAGGUGAUACCAGAUUCACAUAAAGAGAUGAUAUUUGCAGCACAAAUGUUUACCAUACAUAUAUUUUUAGCCUCCUUUACCCAGUUUGUAGUUUAGCACAUUCAAAGUUUAACUAGAUAUAUUAGAUGAGAGACUCACAAAUGUCUUGCUCAAUCAGAAGCAGGCCUCGAGAGAUUAAUUAACUUGAACAUAAUUUUAGCUUUUUUGCUGAAUUUUAGGUGUAAAAUUAACAGUCCUGAACAGAUUGUGAUCUGAAAUAUUUCAAUUUCCAUUUGAUGGUCUCUGUUAACACUUAGUGGACACACAUUCUUUUAUAUACCGUAUUUAUUGUUGACUUUCACUUUUGAAUAUGUUGAUAAAUUAAGGAGAAAUACUGUUUCUUUCUUUGCCAAAAAGCAUUUGCUAAAAAUUACCUUUCCUGUGUUUCCACAGAAAUGCAGAUGGUGGGAACAAUGGAAGAUGGUAGAGGUGUCAGCGUGCGAGUGUGUAACACAAAGUGCGAUUCACACAGGAAAUUGUUUUUAGAGAAAUUGCCACUUUUAUACAGUUUUACAGCAAUGAAACUACAAAUACACCCGCAUCCAUCAGAUAAUUACAGUUUGGUAAAAAUAAAAUACCGCAGGAAGUAAAGCCAUUAAAAUAAUAUGAGAAUGAAAGCAUCAGAGUUAAAUGAUAAUUACCGUCAUUGCUUUCAGGUUUAUUAUACAUCAUGAUUGGAUUUUUUUUUCUCUCUCUUCAAUUGCAAAGAGCUCUUUAUCUGUGUUUUAUUUCUAUUUUAAUAUUGCGGCAGCUCUCUGCAGGUUUAUAUAUUACGGUCCUUUGGGCCUUUUUCUCACCAGGUAAAUCUGCUCAGUAUCUAUAGGGAUUUUAUAUUACUGUGGAUUUCCUUCUGUACACUCUGUUGUGUUCCAUGAACAUAUCCGCAAGAUUUAGGAGUCCUGGAAUCACGAUGAGCAACUUAAGCCCCGUUGUGGAUGUAAAAAAAACACUCCAUCUUCCAUCUUUGACGUAUUUAUAUAUAAUUAUAUCAUUAUUUUAUUCAUAGAUUUCAUUAAAUUCUGCAUUUUUCUCGAGUGAAAUG